UCUCCACAGGAGCGGUCCUCCUCCUCUCCUAUCAGAGACACACGUUCACACAUGCACACAUCCACACACACUCACACACAUCCACACACACACUCCGUCCAGUCCAAACCCCCAGAAAAGCCCUGCUGAAUCCUCACACCGUCUGUCAGCAUGGGGAGCGCUUGUUUUUCCCGGGACGUUUGUUUGUUUAUCCUCCUCAUAAAUACUUGCAGGGUGAUGGGGAAUGUCGGACUCGCAGAUGCAGAUGAGUGCGCAGAGGGUUCAGACGACUGCCACAUUGACGCUCUCUGCCAGAACACCGCCAAGUCCUACAACUGCAUCUGCAAGCCAGGCUACAAGGGAGAUGGCAAGCAGUGCGAGGACAUGGACGAAUGUGAGAAUGACUACAAUGGAGGCUGUGUCCACGAAUGCAUCAACAUACCAGGCAACUAUAGAUGCACCUGCUACGAUGGAUUCAUGCUGGCCCAUGAUGGACACAACUGUCUAGACGUGGACGAGUGUCUGGACAACAACGGUGGAUGCCAGCAAGUGUGUGUCAACACUAUGGGGAGCUACGAGUGUCAGUGCACGAACGGCUUCUUCCUCAGUGACAACCAGCAUACCUGCAUCCACCGCUCUGAUGAUGGAAUGAACUGCAUGAACAAGGACCAUGGCUGUGCCCACAUCUGCAGAGAGGCUCCAGGCAAAGGUGGAGUGUCGUGCGAGUGCCGACCUGGCUUUGAGCUAGCCAAAAACCAGAAGGACUGUACAUUGACGUGUAACUAUGGAAAUGGCGGCUGCCAGCACACAUGUGAUGAUACGGACACGGGACCGGUGUGUGGCUGCCACCAGAAGUACGCUCUGCACUCAGACAGCAAGACCUGCAUUGAGAAAGAUGAGGCUGCAAUUGAGAGCUCUGAGUUCAAUGCCACGUCAGUAGCUGAUGUGGACAAGCGGGUGAAACGGCGGCUACUUAUGGAGACCUGUGCUGUGAACAAUGGCGGUUGCGACAGGACAUGUAAAGACACAGCCACAGGGGUGCGCUGCAGCUGCCCUGUGGGGUUCACCCUGCAGCCCGAUGGAAAAACCUGCAAAGACAUCGAUGAAUGCCUGGAGAACAACGGAGGCUGUGAUCACUACUGUCGAAACACAGUAGGUUCCUUCGAAUGCAGCUGUCAAAAAGGCCAUAAGCUUCUCACAGAUGAACGGACAUGUCAAGACAUUGAUGAGUGCUCCUUUGAGAGAACCUGUGACCACACCUGCAUCAACUACCCUGGCAGUUUUGAGUGCUUGUGCAACAAAGGAUACAUCCUAUACGGCCUCACUCACUGUGGAGAUAUCGAUGAGUGCAGCAUCAAUAAUGGGAGCUGUGAGCACGGCUGCAUAAACACUCAGGGCAGCUAUGAGUGUGUGUGUCCACCAGGACAGAAACUCCACUGGAACAAGAAAGACUGCAUUGAGGCGGUGAAGUGUCUGCCCAAUGGGAAGCCAGUGCCCCGAGCCCAGCUGACCUGCACCAAGAGUGGAGGGGCUGAGGUCUGCUCGCUGUCCUGCCGCUCCAAUGCCCUCUUCCUCGCUGACUCAGAGAACAGCUACACACUGAGCUGUGGAGUGCCUGUCCAGCCUGGUAAAGCUCCUCAGAAGAGAAACGCCACCGCUGCUUUACCCACUUGUGCUGACACCCUGGCACCACCCAUCAAACAGAAGGCCAGGUUUAAGAUUAAAGAUGCCAAGUGUCACCUGAGACCCCGCAACAAGGAGAGACACAGAGAUUCAUCCAGGCAGACUCUGCAAGGAGGCCAGUUCCCCUGCACUGAUGACUGCCAGGUGACUUUUGUAAAUCUGAAGUGCGACUCAUCUAAGAAGCGCAGACGAGGACGCAAAUCUCCUUCCAAAGAGGUUUCCCACAUCACAGCUGAGUUUGAGAUGGAGAUGAAGGAGGAGGAAGUCUCAGACUCGUGUAAUGUAGACUGUGUGCGGGAGCGGAUGAAGCAGAAGCUGCAGAGCGCCAUGCGGACACUCAGGAAGUCUAUCAACAAACAGCAGUUCUAUAUCCAGUUUUCUGGGACGGAGUAUGAAGUGGCCCAGAAACCAUCCAGGGUACCAGAGGGUGCUGAGACCUGCAGUACGGGACAGGUCCUCCGAGACGGAAAGUGUGUGAGCUGUGCUGUGGGGACGUUCUACAGUGGGGAGCAGGAACAGUGUGUCCAGUGUCCUCCUGGUACAUACCAGGACACAGAAGGCCAGCUGUCCUGUGAGCCUUGUCCCAGUACUGAAGGACAGGGAAUCACUGGUGCCAAGAAUGUGUCUCAGUGUGGAGGUCAGUGUCCAGCGGGUCAGUUUUCUGCUGACGGGUUCCGCCCAUGCCAGCCCUGUCCACUGGGCUCCUACCAGCCAGAACCAGGCCGGGUUCUGUGCUUCACCUGUGGAGGAGGCCUCAUGACCAGAUAUGAAGGAUCUGUCUCCUUCAGGGACUGUGAGGCCAAAGUGCACUGUGCUCCAGGACAUUACUACAACUCCAGUACCCACCGCUGCAUCCGCUGUCCAGCAGGCACCUACCAGUCUGAGUUUGGGCAGAACUACUGCAUCACCUGCCCUGGGAACACCACCACUGACUUUGACGGUGCCACCAACGUCUCCCACUGCAAAAACCAGCUGUGUGGAGGUGAGCUGGGAGAGUACACAGGCUACAUAGAGUCUCCUAACUACCCUGGAGAUUACCCAUCCAACGUAGACUGUGUCUGGACCAUAAACCCACCACACAAGAGGCGGAUACUCAUUGUAGUGCCAGAGAUCUUCCUUCCCAUUGAAGAUGAAUGUGGAGACGUGCUGGUCAUGAGGAAGAGCGCCCUGCCCACUUCCAUCACCACCUACGAGACAUGUCAGACGUAUGAGCGACCCAUCGCCUUCACCUCUCGCUCUCGCAAGCUCUGGAUCCAGUUUAAGUCCAAUGAGGGCAACAGUGGCAAAGGUUUCCAAGUUCCGUAUGUCACCUAUGAUGAGGACUACCAGCAGUUGAUAGAGGACAUAGUACGAGACGGCAGGCUUUACGCCUCUGAGAAUCACCAGGAGAUCCUGAAGGACAAGAAGCUGAUAAAAGCCCUGUUUGAUGUGCUGGCGCACCCCCAGAACUACUUCAGAUACACGGCACAGGAGUCCAAAGAGAUGUUCCCUCGCUCCUUCAUCAAGCUGCUUCGCUCCAAAGUCACCAGGUUCCUGCGACCGUACAAAUAGACGGGGCAACUCCACAGUCCUGUUAAAGACCCCCACCAUCCUGCAUCAUUUUCAAGUCCAACAACCUAAAUGUAACCCUGUCUGCAUCUCCCCAGCCUCAGUCUAUACAUUGAUAUAUUCGUUCUAUGACUAAACGUCUUCUUUUCCUGCAUUUUUCCUCAGUCCUGCUUGUCACAUGAUGCCUUUCAACAUCUUGUCUCCAUCUGACUUGUAAUAUGAUAUUAUCAUUAACAGCCUCCUCUCCAAUUCGUGCAGUUUUUUUCUACAAGGUUUGAUCGAUGAGGGUUUUUGGAGGCCAGUACCAGUAUUUUAAUAAUGUAGCAGAAAUGCCCGUCCUAUACAGUAGUAAUGUAUUCUUUCCUUGAAUUUGACCAUUUUGUACCAACAGGUGACAGUAUUAUGGGUUUUUCUCUGUUUUGCUGAUAGCCCACCUGUUUGUCUGUUCAUCCACACCUCUGAUCAACACAUGGUCCUUCUGUACCUUUGGAGGAAGCCACUAGCUGUUUUACCCUUUUUGAAGUUCAUAUUUCAAGCUAAGCUAACCAGCUGCUGGCUGUAGUUUCAUUACAAAUCGACAGAUAUAAGAGCAGCAUAAAUCUCCUGCUCUAGCCUUCAGCAAAAAACUAAAUAAGUAUUAUUUCCCAAAACACUAAAUUAGAACAUUGUACGGUCACAUUUAAGCUGUUGGUUGUUGUCUAACAGAUGUGUUGCUCUUCUCAUCUAACUCUCAGCAAAAAAUUAUUUCAGAAAAUGGAAAACAAUUGCUUUAAGGGUGUAUUCAUAACCUGCAAAGCAUUAAAAACCUGAAUCAAGAAUCCCCAAUGUCAUUUAGGAACGUGUUAUGAUAAAAUCACAUUUCCGGUAUCAGUAAGCCGAUAAAUCGGUCAAACCCUGUUCCUGCACACUGUGUAAUCUAUCUUCUUUUCUCGUAGCCAUUCCCCAUAUUUCUGCACCUUGUCUGACAACUUUAUUCUGCAACCUUCCUGCCUCUUUGUUUUGUGUGUUGUUGUGUUGUUUUGUAAUAUUUAUACUGAACAUGUCGGAACUUGCAGAAGCACACAUCGCAGAUGUUUUUGAUAUGACGUCCCAGAGGAAAAUUUUACUGCUCAAAGCUUGCUCUUCUACAACUCAGGAGACAAAUUUGAGAUUCUCAUGUCAGCCUCAUUUUAGUUUCUAUUUUGUCUAAAGGUUUCUCAUAUGUUUCUCCUAAAAUUCACUAGGAGAAAUAGGUGAGACAGGAUAAUUAGAGGGAGUCAUACUUGAGACUUGUGGGAGAUACCUUGCUAAUCUCAAUACAGUGUGUUUAAUGGCUCCUUUAUUUCUCCUCUGGAAAAGAAAAUGAACAAUAGUGGAGCUCCUACAGAGCAAUAUGUGAGACUCACUCACAGCUCCACAUGAGCAUGACAGUCUCGGAAUCGAAUCCCGGUCUUCUGGGUGUGAGACAGCCACUCUACCCACUGAGCUAUGCCACCCUAUGCAUAUAUUAAUCUGCACACACACACCUUAUAAAUGCUGCAACAAAUAAGAAGUUGCUACGAUACAGCCUAAACAUCUUGAGACACUUAUAAUAAUAUAUGUGACUUCAAUCAUGUCACCCUCUCCUCCCACUUGACUGGAUUUAUCAUUCUAAACACCACGGAUCAUCCACUCAUAAUAUCGUGAUGGGCCUCUCUCUGGACUGCAGGACGGAAAGAUAUAGAAGAUCUUUGUACCCACAGCGAUCAGGCUUUAUAAUUCUAUAGCAAAUAGCAGAUGAGCUGACAGACAAAUGAAUUUCCCUUUUGGGAUGAAUAAAGUAAUCUGAAUCUUUAUUAAUUAAUUUAAAAAAAUAUCAUGUGGAUGACAAUAAAGUCAACAUGAUAGAUGAUUAAAAACAACCAAAACAUUGACCUGAGUCUGAGAAUUCAGUGAGCGCUUGCGGAGAUCUCUUCAUUUGUUCUCUCUGAGCUUAGUAUGAGAUGCAUGAACUGAAGCUGGGAUGAGAACAGAUUGAGUUCUUAGAGAGAGCUCUCUGAUUUCUCAGCCUGAGAUCACAAAGAGACACAAAAGUUGAGAAACUCUGAGAAUUAUAUGAGAGCUUGCUGAGAUCUCUUCUGAAACUUUAAAGGAGACUAAACUGAGAUUUAGUGCAUCUUAUUGCUCAGGAGAAAAAAAUGAGACACAGGAGAAAUAAGCCUUAGUCUCAGUUUGGUGUCACACAGAUCUCAAAGUUGUCUCGGAGAAGUAAAUGAAACAUUUUUGAGAUCUCUUUUUGAAUUUUCUUUUCCUCUGGGGUAUGAACAAACGUGUGGACAUACACAGCUGUACGUGCAUGAUGUGUGGCCCACUUAGAGUACAUGGAUGUAUGCUGAACUGGAUUUCUUUAUUGGCCCUAAAGUGCACGAGACAGAGAUGAGAAAAGAACUGGUGCACUUAAAACUCAUUUUAACAUUAAAAAUGAUUUGAAAGAAAUGUUAAAGUGAGGAAAUCAAACCAUUCCACCUCAGUGGGUGCUUUCUCCAUUGGAGCACAAGGAAAGACUUAACUAGGGUAAUCACAAAGGCUAUAUUAUAAUUUUUUUUUUAAAUAGAAAGGAUGUAUAACAAGAUGAGAUAAACUACCUGCAAGUAACACAUUGUUACUUUAGAGAGAAAUGUAUGUAAUGUAACUAAUAUUUGGAACUUUAAUUGCACUUGAAUUUUAUAUUUUAAACUGUAGGGAAAAAAUCUAAGUUACGUAUUUGUUACCUUUUUUGUGUUGUUUUGAAAUGUGCCACAUGUGGCGGCAAUAAGAGAGAAUGACAGCUGUGUCUCCUGUUAUUGCUCCCACUCUGUAGCUCACAGGCACCCCAAAAUCACUCAGUUUCAGGAGCUUCUGGCCCCAUUUACAUACAAACACAGCAAGGAAACAUUUCGACUGAAGCUUCUCAAACCCUGAGACUGUAUUCAACUAAAACGCACAGAGAAAAGGCAGUGUAAGCAGCAGGAUCCAUCAAUAAUGCCGCCACCACCACUGCAGUUUGUGUGUUUUCACUGCCCAGUCCUGCUUCAUCCCUCAAACAUGUCGUAUAGCUGCCAGAGAGAAGAAGCAUCUCCAUAAAGGCUUCUUGUAUGAUGGCAUUACAUACAUACUACAGUAUAUACACGUUUCUAAAAUGACUUCAAAUAUCUGCAUCCACCCAGAUACGCUCUAUUUCCAUUAAAUAGAAGGUAUAGUGUGUGCAUACUAUGCUUUUCUUUUAUAACCUAACCUAAGUAUUUCUGUGUCAUUCCCAUCAGUACUAAUAUGUCUAUAAAUCCUAUACCACAUACUGAAGAUGGACUCUAUAUCAGCACAAUGCAACUGGAGUUGUGUACAGAGUGACUGGAGCGUUGGUCUGAGGGUGAAUGUAGUGGCAGGAACACAGUCGGAAAAAGAGUCAUCUCCUGUCUGAGUGUCUGUGUGUCUGUAGCACUUGCAGCUUCAGCUGUAAGCCAGUGAACUUUAUCUGUGUGUCGUGCUGUUCAGAAGAUGCAAGCUUUCCCUCACAGAUGAUAGAAAUGCAUAUGUAAUAUCCCUUAUAGCUGUAAAAGCUUCUUUAGAGACUUAUUUCCUGUUACCAGUGUCACUCAUGAAAAGAGGAAGCUUCUAGUCUUUGUGCUGGGCACAAGGAAGAUGAGGAAGUGUCAGUGCUAUUUAGAGCUCAUCAAACCUUGGAGGUUUUGCGUGUUGUUGCCAUUCACUACAAUUCACACACGCUGCUGAGCACUUUUCAAGGCAGAGGUUUUUAGGUUUCCUACACUUUCUCUACACUAUGAGAAUGAACAUUUCAGAAAGUUGCAGUUUCGUUGAGAUAAGUAGUCCUUCACAUUGAAAAAUUAGUUGUUUUAUUUUUCUGGAAUCAUUACUGUCUUUGCAUGCCAUGCUAUUUUCAAGGAUGGUCUCAGAUGUUUUCUGUUUGAAGCCCACAGCCAGAAACAAGUCUCCAGUAGGCUUCAUGUCAAAUACAACCUCCAUAGUUGACAGAACAAUCUCUAACAUCCAUUUAGUAGCUGUUGUGGAGCUCCAAAUCAUAUGUUCCUUGUCAGCAGAUGGGUUUGAUCACUACAUAUAGAUGGUAAAAAAUAAUUCUGAGCAAAGUUAAGUCUUUGUAUUCGUUUAUAGUUAAACACACGACAGACUUGAUUCUUGACAGUCUCAUGAUUGUGACUAAUUAGAGACAUUUUGCAGCUGAUUGUAUUUAAAAGAUGGAUGUUGUGAUCAUGACACCACCCACUGGUUUGUGGACUUUUGUUUACUACUGGUUUGAAGCCUCAAGUUUGACAUUUGACCAUUACCUUGUUGGUCUUUUGGAACCAGACAUGAUAAGUGAGUGGUGAAGAACUCGAGCAUACUAACCACAGUGAUAUGGUAGCAAUCUGUUCAACAUAAUGAAGCCCCUCUCUAAAAAAUACCCUGUUUCUAUCUAUUUUACUCUAAAUGGGACAAUAACAAUAAUUUACAAAAUGAACAUCAUGCUGCAUUGAAAAAGGCUUGAAAUCAGUGAUUGAGACCAUAGGCAUUAAUAUAUUAGGAAAAUGUUUACUGAGGGAACAGAAUAAAUGAGAGGUACAGUCAGUUUUUCAUAGACGUCUAUACAAGCUGACUCCUCUAUGCAACCAAGAGGAGUCGCCCCCUGCUGGCUGUUAAAAGAAUACAAGUUUGAGGCACUUCUCCAUUGGCUUCACUUUCAAAUUCAGAGACUGCGCAUAUUUUUUGUACAUCCUAUGGUCAGUAGAUGUUUCUAAGGUCCUCGGAUCCAUCUCUAAUUCCAAGUGACCCAACUCCCUCUGCUAAUGAAGAUCAUGUAAGGUCAUCAAACGCUACUAAAUAGAUCAAGGGAUGAAAUUGUUUUCUUCUGGUCAACUACAGUUUCCAGUUCACUAAAGUUAAACAACCUCUUUCAUUUUUGACCUGGGUCUUGUCUGCUGUCUGCUGGAUGUAGAAAACCACCAUAAUGUCACUGAGCUCUGAAAACUUUGUGGCUUUAUACAAUUUCUGAGUGGCUAUUACUUUUUGAUUUUCUUUCGGGGGAUAGCGUCAUAUCAACUGCUAGCAAGAAUUAGAAUAGCAAGCUAGUGUAAUCUCACUCGACUGGGCCUGUUUUUAUUUCACCAAGUGGUCAAAAUCCACACACCUCGGCAGUGAAUUCCAAAUUGUAAUUACUGUUUACCUUUGAUUUGGUGCUCCAACAGUAAAUGUCCUUGAGUGUACCCUGCAAUACAGGACAUGAAAAUGAAGGUGAUGGGGUUUUCUGGUCUCUCUGAGUUGAUUUUUAUAGUGCAAUGGAAUGAAACCAUUAGUCUGAGGGAGGAAAUCGACCAAAAAGCUUUUGCUUUGGAAAACAGUCAGCAGUCGUGAGAAAUUUUAGUAAUUAAUGGGCUGAUGCAGGGAAGCCUCACAUAUGAUCCUGAGUAGCACUGAGCUGAGACUUACUGUUCAUAGUUUAGGGUUUCAUUUUAAAACCAAAAUGAGAAAUAACUGAUAAAACAAUUAGAUGUAUUUUUACAGUAAUUGGCUGAUAAUCAUCCCACUAAACUGAUGUAUUGGGAAGUAAACUCAGUGUCAGUGAGGUCUGUGUUUCUUGUCACUGGAUUGUCAUAUAAUCUCCCAGAAUAAAGCCAGUUGUAAGAUAAGGUAUUGUUCAGGCGUUGCCAAAUAGUUGCCACACAGACAUGCUACGGUACGGCCUGCUUCUUGUUCGAGGUGGUUGCUGUUCAAUAUGAGUGUUAUGAAAAAAAACUGAUAUGAAAUGCUCUAAAAUUUAUAAUUGACUGUUUGUUUUUUUUUUCCCUAAGAAUGUAUUCUAUUGUGAAUGGGUGUGUGCAUGAGAGUGUGAGAGGAGUGAAUGUGCAGUUAGGUGAGUGUUUCUGUGUGAAUUUUUGUGCUGGCUGCCUGUGAUAGAGGAAGAGACUGUGUAUGUGUGUACUUUAGUCCAUUUUGUAGAGGAUUAAUUUUAACAUUUGUGUUAGUCGGUUGUACCCAAAGAGAGAAACUGUAACGCAGUGUUGUGCCAUUGUUUGGUCCAUGAAACUCCAGUACUGAACAAAUUAAAUAAAACAGUAAUAGAAAAGCCA